AUUUCCUUCCUCUGAAGUGUGAUGCCUGUGGGGAAGUCUUCUGUAAAGAUCACAUCCGUUAUGAUGACCACAAGUGUAGCUCUGCCUACAAGAAAAAUGUGCAGGUUCCAGUGUGUCCACUCUGUAAUGCACCUAUCCCGGUUCAGAAGGGGGAAAUACCAGAUAUUGUGGUUGGAGCCCACAUGGAUAAGGACUGCAAAUACAAUCCAGCACAGCAAAAGCAAAGGAUCUUCACAAACAAGUGCUUAAAGCCGGGCUGCAAAAGGAAAGAGAUGAUGAAGGUAGUUUGUGAACAGUGCGGUGGCAACUUCUGCAUAAAACAUCGGCAUCCUCUGGAUCACAACUGUAAAGGGAGCAGCCAGCCCACCUCCAAGGCAGGAUACGCAGCUCUGAUGAGAGCCUCUCAAACUGCCUUCAAGCCAACAGGAGCCAUUGGAGUGCCAUCUAACGGGAGCCGUCAGCACAACAGGUAUAAGCUGUAGAAUGAGAAAAGGCGAACAGGCUUAUUUAAAAAUAGUCUUGUGUCAACAUGAUGUAGGAGUGCCACUGUCAUACCACUGACUGCUCUAGAGCUGGUAGUUGACCUUUGA